AUGAUAUCCUCAAGUCCCCAGUUCCUAAGAACAACAGCCAAACCACGCCAACCAGCCCCCGGGCCAACCAAUCCACACACCAACUUCCUGACAAUCGACACCCUAAUAAGCAUAUUCUCCAAAUCCCUCCUCAACCCAUUCAUAGCCUGGAUUUUCGUCCUCUGCUUGCGCGCCCAGGUCACACCAUCAACAGACCCAGCCUGGAUUCUCACUGUGAGCUAUGCAACGGCCCUGACAGUCCUCUUCAUCGCGCGGAUUAUCAACCAGCGCGCCGGCCACGGCGUUCCGCGCACUGUCGAUUCCGAGCAUGAGGUUGUGCUUAUCACCGGAGGGGCGAGUGGGCUGGGUCUGUUGAUUGCGCAGAUGUAUAGCAUGCGCGGGGCGAGUGUCGCUGUGCUGGAUAUCAAGGUUGUUCCAGAAAACAGCCGCGAUGAGGUCUUUGGGGAGGGCGUUUUGUAUAUUACGUGUGACGUCGCGGAGAGAGGCGCGUUGGAGGUUGCGAAGGGGAGGAUCUUGCAAGAGGUAGGUUUUGCUCUUUUUAGUUUUGGUUUCGUUGUAUUACCUUCGAUCCCAUAUUGCCUUAUUAUUACUACGGUUCUAGUGAUUGAAACGCUAGGAACACCGACGAUCGUUAUCAACUGUGCCGCGGCCAGGAUCAACGGCCUGUCGCUGCUUGAUCUGCCAGCGGACGCAUUCGAAAAGACUAUCCGCACUAAUCUCCUGGCGGCUUUCCAUCUGUACCAAGUCUUCUUGCCAGGGAUCAUCGCAGCAGAGAGCGGAGGGACUCUUGUCACAGUCAGCUCCGUGCUGGGCCAGCUGAGUGCUGCGGGGCUGUCAGACUACGCAGCAAGCAAAGCCGGACUUAGCGCGCUGCAUCGGACGAUAGAAGCGGAAAUUCGGGGUAACCCGUUGAUCAAGACAUUGCUGGUGGAAGUUGGGCAGAUGUCGACGCCAUUGUUCGACUGGGUGCGCGCGCCGAACAAUUUCUUUGCGCCAGUCUUGGAACCGGUCGAAGUCGCCCGAGAGAUGGUGGCGGCCAUUGAUAGCGGCCGAGGUGGUGUGAUCAGAUUGCCUAUCUAUGCAAAGCUCGUAAAUUGGUAUGCUGUGCUGCCCGCUACAGUGCAACGGCUUGCGAGAUAUCUGAGUGGAAUAGAUGCUGCCGUGACCCAAAGCCGGCAGGGAUCUGGGAAGACAGAUUGA